CUCUAGCUUCCACCUCCGGUGUCGCGGAGCCGCCAUAUUUGUACCAGAUAAAACACAAAAAAUACCUGUUUUUAAACCCCUCCCCGACAGGUGAACACCUGUCAGAAUCUGAUUUACUUCGGGAGACGUAAAUUCGCGGGAAUCUCCGAGAGAAGAAGAUGUCGUUGGUGGACCUGGGGAAGCGUCUGCUGGAGGCGGCUCGUAAAGGUCAGGACGAUGAGGUCAGGAACCUGAUGGCCAACGGAGCUCCGUUCACCACGGACUGGUUGGGGACGUCCCCACUCCAUCUGGCCGCUCAGCACGGACAUUACUCCACUGCUGACGUCCUGCUGAGGGCCGGCGUCAGCAGAGACGCCCGCACCAAGGUGGACAGGACCCCGCUGCACAUGGCCGCCGCCGAGGGACACACCGUCAUCGUGGAGCUGCUGGUCCGGAGUGGUGCAGACAUCAAUGCCAAAGACAUGCUGAAGAUGACGGCUCUGCACUGGGCCGCUCAGCACGGACACCACGGCGUGGCCGAGACCCUCAUCAAACACGGCGCCGACGUGCACGCGCUCAGUAAGUUCGACAAGACGCCGUUCGACAUUGCGGUCGACAUCCAGAACACCGAGCUGAUGCUGCUGCUGCAGGAAGGCAUGCAGAAUCAGGUAAACAUGAACCAGGUGAACAUGAACCAGGUGAGUAUGAACGUGGAGACCAGCACCACCACCAACCAGCCACAGUUCAUCAUCCAGGGAAUACCUGCCAUACAGGGUGGGGUGGUCAACCUGGCCGAGCUGCUCAACAAGGCCAACGCAGGUGUGAACGCACGCACACGCACUCACACGCACACGCACUCACACGCACACACACUCACACACACACACACACACACACACACAGCUGUUAAACAAAUGUGGGGAUAUGAUUUUAAUGUUUGUGUUUCAGGAGAUUCUGAGGAGGCGAUGGCAGCCAGCGCUCUGGAUUCCAACAUCCAGCACGCCACUGUUGUUAACGAGGGGGGGCAGAGAGUCAUCACCAUAGUAACGGACCAGCACGGCAACCUACAGACCACCGGAGGGAUGGCACAGCCGUUCUUUGUUACCAUGCAGCACGGACAGCAGAUGCUGGCAGUGCCAGCCAACACAGUGACGGAGGAGGUGGUGACGGAGGAGCCUCAGCCUCCACCGUCCAGAAAGAGGAAGCUGGAGGUGACCAACAACCACAACGACACAGGAGAGACGGAGCUGUUGCAGAGGCAGCUGCAGGAGGCCAACAGGAAGGCGCAGGAGUACCGGCAGCAGCUGCUGCGUAAAGAGCAGGAGGCCGAGGAGUACCGCAUCAAGCUGGAGGCCAUGGCCCAGAGUCAGGCCAACAGCAGCAGCACCACCACGGCCGCCAUGACCGCCGGCAGCACCGCCGCCAACUCCGCAGCCAGCCCCGAGGAGGUGGUGGGAGGGGAGGAGGACGAGGAGGAGGGGGCCGCCAGUGUGGUGGAGGAGGAGGGAGAGAUGGUGGUGCUGCAAGAGGGAGGUAUUAUUAUGGAGGGUGAGGAGGGUCAGGUGACGCUGGUGGAGACGGGGGGAGAGACAACGGAGGUCAGCUCGUAACAGAGAGGGAGGGGAGGACGGGCUGAGGAGGGGGUGAUACCGACAAAAAGACACAUCAUAACAGAAGAGGGUUGGUUUAACUCGCAGGUUUGCAUUUAACAGAGAGCGAUGGAGGCGAAGGACGGGAGAGACAAAAUGGCCUUCCAGAAACGUUAGGACGAGAAAGACAGACUGAAAAGAGACUAAACAAACACGAUGGAGGAUUUCAGUCGUGCAACAUUCUGCAUCCCUGAAAAAUUUAAUAAUACUUUGGGGAACGAGAAGCAAAAUGGCUUCCCCAAGAAAACAGAACAGUACAAAGACAGAGUGACGGAGGCCUAAACAAACAUGGUGGUGGAAUUUAGUCAAGCACCAUUUUGAAUCCCUGAAUUUUUUUUGGCACAAUUGAGAGGAGUGACAAAAUGGCUUCUCCAGUGGGACAAGAAGGUCAAAUAGACUAAACUAACCUGAUGGUGGUCAUGGUCGGUCAUGCACCAUUUGGAAUCUCUGAAGAUUUGCUACCAACGUGUGAGAGAGGAGAAGGAAAAUGGCUUCCCCAAGAAGACACAACAGUCAGGAACAAAACCUGGACUGAAAACAGACCACACAAACAUGAGGGUAGAUUGCAAUGCCCCAUUCUGAGUUUCCACUAGUUCUCUUAACAGAAUGCUUACUUAAUAGGGAUACAAAAUGGCUGCUGCAGAUGGAAAUGAAGUUGGAUGAAUGGGUCAGAGAGAUGGAGAGGAAUAAGGAGAAAGAUGAACCCAGGAGGAGGUGGGACCUUCGCUGGAAGGAAAAUGAGCUUUGUUGUUUUUUGUUUCAGUUGUAAUCAGUGGUCAGUCAGGAUGUCGUGUUCAGGAGGACGGUCCUCCCUGUGUGUUUGCUUAACAUUGCUUUAACGCGUCAUUUUGCUUCCCCAGCUGAACUCUGAGCAAACGCAGAAUGAUUGAACCUGACGGCGGCUGCUUUGUGCAACAUAUGUGAUCAUACAGCAGGAAUUUAGCAUUUUAGUUUGUUUUCACAGCGUUUUAGAUGCUGUGAAAACGAAUGGUUUUCCCUCUCUAGCUAUUUGUAUCCCUUUGUUUCUGUUGUAUUCAGUUUCGCUGGUUAAUCCCUGAACCAACUGAGCUGUUUGUCUGAUGCCUUCUUAACUCUACGUCUUGAUAAACUGGGACCACGUUGCCCUCUGCCCUAAGAACCCAGUUACUCCAACUUUGCUGUGGCUUGCACCAUUUUGCUUCCUCAGAAGAUCACAGACAAGAUACGGUGAAGACAGAGGGCUGUGAGAGCAAAGAAAACCCCUCUGUUGGCUGUGGACACUACAAAAACUCACUCUGAACUGUUUUCCUGCUUCUUUCUCAUUUUAUGGUUUAUAUAUAUUUUUGGUUUUUGGACUUCUUUCCUUUUGGAGAGCCAAACAAGCUUUCCUAUUUGCUUCCCGAAAAUUAGUCCAGAAUGAAGCAGGGAAGCCAAAUGGUCACAGGCAAUCGUCUGUCUUUGGCUCAUGUCCUGUGUCCUCCUCAACAAGACAACUCACUUUGGAAAAUAGAAAAACUCCUCUUUGUCCUUGAGUCUCAUAGAUCCCAGGGUCCAGACCUGAACCGAACCGAACCAGAUUGAUUAUGGAAACCUUGCAGUCAUUGAGGUGGGAGUCAGGCCGCUAACAGGGCUGACUGAGGCCAACUCCUCUGGGACCGAUAGAAUCACUUAUUGAUUAGUCUGCCGGUUGUUUUAUAGAUUGUUUAGUCAACAGAAGAAAUUUAGUUUAACAUCAAAGAAAAAUGAAAAUCUUUCUCUCUGACAGUUGCUAACUGACAUUCUGUUGAUGGCUAACUGAUUAACUGGAGAACCGUUUCAGUUCAGUUAGAGACUUGACAUUUAAUUGUCAGUCUCGCUGUCUGCCUGUCAGUUAUCAUCAGUUGUUACUGUGACUCAGAUAUUCAGGUGUUCCAGGUGUUCCAGGUGUUCCUGCCUCUGAAUCAGACCCUUUAACCUCGUGUGUAUUUUUCACAGCAGCACUUCAGACUGGUUUCCUUCAUCGUCCUGUGCAGCGUUCACUUUCACCUCAUCCUCAUGAAAUCUGCAGCGACCUGAAACCAAACGAUCCCCUUAAACAGGCGUCUGACGGGGUGACACAGCUGGUGGUGUGUUCAGGGACAUCACCGCAUCUGAAAUUUUAGCUGACCCCUGAACAGAAACUUUUUAAAAUGAAAACAUGUCCUGGCACAUUCCUCUGUCUGAAUUAUUGAUUCGUCUGUGGAUUAUCCUCUCGCCCAGUCAGUUCACUGUUCAGUCACAAAACCUCAGAAAAUAUAUUUUUUUUAAUCACCAGUAAGCCCAAGCUGAGUGCUCAGAUUUCUCCAAAAACCAAAUAUAUAGUUUAACAUCAUAGAAAAGUAUGAAAUGGAACAUUUUUUAUUAAAAAAAAAAAACUUUUAAAAACUUAAAAAUUGACGAGAACUUAAGAAAAUGGUAAAUAUUCAGGUUUGAGAAGGUUUUUCUGAAACCUGGUGAUCUCGUUACACUGCUUGUUUUUUC